AUGAUAUUGAGCAUACUGUCGAGGAGGCUGAGGCCGAGCACGCAAUAUUUAGCCCAUCCCAUUAAAUUUAACUAUUGCAUACAUAAUUUGACAUUGCUGCAAAGGGAAUUUGCCACAAAAGUGUUCAAGCUAUCCGAUAUAGGAGAAGGUAUCACUGAAGUUGAAUUAAUAAAGUGGGAUAAACAAGUGGGAGAUGAAGUGGAAGAGAUGGAAUCCGUUUGCACAGUACAGUCAGAUAAGGCGGCUGUGGAAAUCUCUAGUAGAUUCACAGGGAAAGUCGAGAAGUUAUACUACCAGCCAGGGGAUAUUGUAAAAGUUGGAGAUCCACUCAUGGACAUAGACAUUGUUGAGGAGGCUGAAGCGGCGGCUUCUGUAACCAAAGAUUCUUCUCACAUAGAACCCUUAGGUACUAGUAUUUCUGUUUCAACCAACAUUGGUGUAAAUGACACAACAUCUACUAGGGAUAAUAGCAUUUCAGGAGUUAUGGCAACUCCUGCAGUGAAGAAAAUGGCCAAAGAUUUGGGCAUUGAUAUUUUAAAAGUAGCUGGUUCAGGGCCAAACGGAAAAAUCACCAAAGAGGAUUUACACAAAAUCACCAGGCACUCAACAGACCAAUUAGAAGGUACCGUUAUAAAGUUAUCCGGUAUUCCUCUCGCAAUGGCCAAGGCCAUGACUGAAUCUAUGGCCAUACCAAAUGUUACGAUUGGACAGAAUGUGGAUUUUACUGAUUUGGUGGCGAAGGCUAAAUCUAUAUCUGAGACAGUAAUUGGUGUCAAAAUAACGGUGACUCCACUGUUAAUAAAAAUAUUCUCUCUGGCCAUAGAAAAGUACCCUAUAUUCAACUCCAAAUUUGGACCGAAUAAUCAAUAUACUGUAUUUAAGAAUCACAACAUUUCCGUGGCAAUUGCCACUGAACACGGAUUGGUCGUACCCAACGUGAAAAACGUGCAAAACAAGAAUAUCAAAGCAAUUGCCGAGGAUAUGUGUAGGUUGCAAAAACUAGCAACGGAUAAGUUGUUGUCAAAGGAUAAUGUAAGCUGCGGGACUUUUACAAUCUCCAAUUUGGGAAGUAUUGGAUGUUCUAGUGUAUCUCCAAGAUUGUUUGAUGGACAGGCUGCAAUCGCUGGGAUUACUUCUGCUGAAUUAGUACCAAAAUUCGUUGGAAAUGAAAUAAAAGGACGAAGAAUUGCUCAGAUUGGAUUGACUGCGGACCAUCGUCAUAUUGAUGGUGCGGCAAUGGCACUCUUUCUCAAAGAGGUGAAAAGGAUUAUUGAAAACCCGGUUCAGUUGGAUUCAUUUCUAUGA